CGCACCAAAAACGGGUUAAUCAACGGCCGCACCGAGACUUUCGACGGCAAACACUAUAACCAGUUUUUAGGCAUUCCUUACGCGGAACCGCCUACCGGUGACUUACGCUUCAAAAAGCCGGUGCCUAUCAAACCGUGGUCUGAGCCCCGGGAGGCCAGCCAAUGGCCUAACCCUUGCUAUCAACACAACCCGUUUCUGGAGAUCUUUCGUAACAAAGUGUACAGUGAGGACUGUCUGUAUUUGAAUGUAUGGGCGCCCGUGGAUACCAGUGCUGAGGUCGAGGAUAAGGAGCAGCUUAAAGCUGUGCUACUUUGGAUACAUGGAGGGGCUCUACACUUGGGGUCAGUUAUGGAGGACUACCAGAGUGGACACGUAUUGGCCACUAAAGGGGAUGUAGUGGUCGUGACCGUUGAGCAUAGACUCAACACUUUCGGCUUCCUAUACACGGGUACAGACGACGCGCCCGGAAAUAUGGGUCUCUGGGAUCAGGUACUGGCCCUCCAGUGGGUCAACGAUAACAUCGAGCUCUUCGGUGGCGAUCCCAAUAGGAUAACCAUUUUUGGCGACUCAGCCGGUGGAUGGUCUGCCAGUUUGCACAUACUGUCCCCAAUAUCCCGUUCCCUAUUCCAAAACGCUAUACUAAUGUCCGGCGCCUCCAUUAACCGUAACGCUGGCGAACCGGCCCGGGAUGUCAUGCAAAAGUGGUUGAGAGGGGCGCAGGCUAUCAACUGUACGGAAGGGGAUGACAUCCCCACAGAGUUUACGCCUAAACUCAUUGAAUGUUUCCGUAACGCACCGGCAGCGGUUUUAGCAGCCAUUCCCUUAAUGCCGGCGCUCAUGGAAGGGAUUGUCGGCUGGAAUACUGUUGUCAUAAUAGAUGGGGAGUUCCUCCCGGCCCUACCCUUAGAAAUGCUUAAUAAAGGGGACCAUAAGAAAGGUCUGAACGUAAUGAUAGGCAGCACUCAGGACGAGGGCACCUGGAUCUUGUGGUUCAGUGAGGACUCUGUGAAGUAUAGCCCACAAAACCCGCCGCCCAUUACCCAUAUGGAGGCCUACAACGAGUUAAGUAGGAUUUCCCGUAAGAUGUGGUCUAAAGAGCCCAUUGACGGGGAAAUGGUGUCUAAAGUAUACUUCACGGGUCUGUCUGACGAGACCCCACAAGAUAUACUCAGACAAACGAUAGGUGUGGCCAUCGGGGACUACCUGUUACGCUGUCCGGGCAUACAGUUUGCGCAGACUUUAUUCGAGAAUGAUGUGAGCGAUAGUCGUGUCUAUCAGUACUACUAUAACUUCAAGUUAGGCCGACCCAGAAUGCUAUGUUCCGAGUGGGCAGGUAGUUGUCAUUACGAUGACGUCCCCUCCGUGUUUGGAGUUCCCUUCUACCAGUCCGACCGUUUCUUAGACCGGGAACGGGAGGCAUCCGAGCAAAUGAUCGACAUAUUCGCUACUUUUGCCAAAACAGGCGCGUACCACAAGAAAAACAACUGUAUGAGCAAACUGGCCGAUAGGGUGCCCACAUGUACCGAGAAACAGGUGGAUAUAGCGAUCCGGUUCAUUGAGUCAAUAUCGGGGUCGUCCCUAAACUUGGUUUGUGCCGACUAUUCGGACUCAUCGGACAAAUGCGAUCAAUUCAACGGAUUUAAGCCGACAUCCGAUCCCAAACUGCGGACCAAAUCGUUUUUCCUGCCAUUAAUUGAAUUGUUUGACAGCUUUGAUGAGGUGUAG